GGCUGGGCCUGACGUCGGAGGGGACGGUGGGGUAGAAGGUUGGGCCCCGCCACCGCUGCGGCCCCUCAGCCCCGGGGGAGCCGAGGCUGCUAACACAAGCCGGGACCGGAGGCGGAUCUAUCCGUAUGCAAAUUGCACAAAGAUGGACAGUGAGGUGCAGAGGGAUGGAAGAAUCCUGGAUUUGAUUGAUGAUGCAUGGAGAGAAGAUAAAUUACCCUAUGAGGAUGUAGCAAUACCAUUGAAUGAGCUUCCUGAACCAGAACAAGAUAAUGGCGGCACAACAGAGUCAGUAAAAGAACAAGAAAUGAAAUGGACAGACUUGGCUUUGCAAUAUUUGCAUGAAAAUGUUCCCCCAAUAGGAAACUAGAGAAUCAGUGUUAUUUCAUGGAAUGAUUUCAAUACAAGAAGAUGUUUUCCAGCAUAUCUUCACCGUCUCCUGUCCAACUGCUUAAGAAGGAGUCAAAUCCUUUAAAACCCUUCUAGUCUCAAACAGCUGCUCUACUCCACAAAAGCAAAAUAUAGUUUAAAAGGCCCCAUAUCACCAGUGUAAAAUAACUGACAUCCUAAAGCUGCGGGGAGAUAGAGUGCUUUUUCAUUUACACAAAAAUAUUUGGAGUCCUGUUGUGUUGACAUCUUCUUUAUAAGUUCAUCUUAAUUGUCUUUUGCAUAUGCUCAGAGAGGUAGUUAUCACUACCUGAAAGCUGAUCAUUGAUCUCAGAAGUGAUUUGGUGAAUAUUUGUGGUUGCUUUGAUGUUUUAUAGACCCAAAGCUAUUCUUUUAUGUUUUGAUGUUACUGUUAGUUGCUCGGGUUUUGCACCAUGAUCUCUAUGAACCAACUUUUACUGCCUUUAACUUGCCUGUGACACAGGAAGAGAGACAGAGAGAAAGGUUAAUGAACAGGAUUAAGGAACUGAAAUUUUGUCUGUAAACACAAAUGAGACUGGGAAAGAAGUUCUUUAUAAAGUAAGCAGUCUUGGAAUUUGCCUAUUCUGGUUAGAGCACAUUCCCAACACGGACAUCCUGUUGUCUGUUUGCUAACCAGCAUACUGUAAAAGAACAGUUUAUAUUAAAAGGCUUUGUUAGUGGUGACUCAAAAUAAUUGCCCUUUUAUAUAUGUUUGUGAAUUACGUGGAAGGUAUUGCUGACCUCAAUCCAAUGUCUGUGAAUGGGUGUCCACACCAUUCUUGGAACUCUUAUUAACAGUCUCAGAUAGGAGACAGAGUAAAUUGUCAUCUCAGCCAUGGAGAUGGUGCCUGCAGCAAAGGAUGGAGACAUGUUUAUUUUAAAAUGUGGUCAUUGAGAUAAAGAGAUGAAAUGCCCAUUGAAAUCAAAAAGAAUUGCAACUGCUUACUCCAGGGUUUAAUUUGGCUUAUGAGAGCCAUCAUCUUGCUUGCAUGAGAAUACCAGUCAACAAUAGGCAUACAUUUAACAUUAUCAGAAGUAUGCCUAGCAAUAGAUGCAUACACAAUUAAAGCUGAUACACCUCUACCACGAUAUAACGCGACCCGGUAUAACACGAAUUCGGAUAUAACACGGUAAAGCAGCACUCUGGGGGGAGGGAGGGCGGGGCUGCACUCCGGUGGAUCAAAGCAAGUUUGCUAUAACGCAGUAAGAUCUUUUGGCUCUCAAGGACAGGAUUAUAUCGAGGUAGAGGUGUAUUACAUACAAAAACAACAUUAAGAGAACUUUAUAGUUGCAAAGUCAAACAUGAAAAUUAGGAAAUGCCAGAAUAAAGGUUCCCUGUGUAACUCUAAUUCUAUCCCCCUUUGUAUACUUAUUAUGAAUGUUCUCAUACGACUUUUUCUACAGGUCCCUGCCUCGUUCAGUGCACAGAAUCGACAGAGCACCAGGAUUGAAUUAGGUUUGUGCAGCUUGCCCCAAAUGCAGUGAUUCAUAGGAGUCCUCAAGACUAAUGUUGCUCAGGAACUGUAGCAAUGCAUGCAUUGGCUACUCUGACAAUACAGGUUUCAGAGUAGCAGCCAUGUUAGUCUGUAGCCACAAAACGAACAGGAGUACUUGUGGCACCUUAGAGACUAACACAUUUAUUUCAGCAUAAGCUUUCGUGGGCUACAGCUCACUACAGCUGUAGCCCACGAAAGCCUAUGCUGAAAUAAAUGUGUUAGUCUCUAAGGUGACAGAAGUACUCCUGUUCUUUCUGACAGUACAGUACUCUCUUCCCAGCCACUGUUUAUCCACCAGUGGGGCUAUGCUGGCAGGCCCCCUGGUGGAGGGGAAUUUGUAGGUAACGUGCCAUUGCAACUACCUUCUAGACAGAUUUUCCACUUCUGGGCACAAUCUGUACCUGUGUAACCUAGAUUUACUCUAUCCCAUAAUGUAAUUUCUUCAUAUUCUGCUGUAGCAAAUACACUCAGAGUCUUGGCCCUGCUGAAAUUAAAUAUUUUCUCUUGGCUAGAAA